CUAAAUCGGCAAAAAUUCUUGGAGGGACCGAUGGAGGGGCUUGUAUAGAGGGGUAAUUUAUAUGGUAAAAAUACCGGCCACCUCUUGUGACUCAACUAUAAGCUUGUUAGUCACUAAGACGGGCCGCAAUUGGGAACAACCCGCAUACAAAAUUUUGGAGAGGCAUACUAUCUGUCUUCAACCUCAUGAACCGGACGUGUUUUGCGACUAGAAAACUUGCGUCGAGCUUGGACCCCGCAAUCUACUUUCGAUUCCAACUUCGUCAGUGCCCAAGCACUUUUCAGGCUGUUACAUACACCAAUUAUAUUCCAAGAUUCCCAGUCGCAACCUCCUAUCGGCGACAAUUCACUACUUCGAAACUAGCCUUAAAAACUCGUCGCGUAGAACCAAAAAGCGAAGAACCGGAAAUGACGACGACAGCCACUACCCUCAAGGGGCAACCCCUUGAUCGCCCCGCCCUCGACUCCAUGCUACGACGGCGAAUGUUCUAUACUCCGUCUUUCGAGAUCUAUGGUGGUGUUGCUGGUCUCUACGAUUAUGGUCCACCUGGCUGCAGUCUCCAGGCGAACAUUAUCGACGUAUGGAGGAAACACUUUGUACUAGAAGAAGAUAUGUUGGAAGUAGACUGUUCAGUUCUGACUCCCCAUGAAGUUCUGAAGACGAGUGGCCAUGUGGACAAGUUUGCCGACUGGAUGUGCAAAGACCUGAAGAACGGCGAGAUUAUUCGAGCGGACCACUUUGUCGAGGAGAUACUCGAGAACCGCUUGAAAGGAGACAAGGAGGCUCGUGGUCAGAAAGUCGAAGACAAGGAAGAGGAUCCUAAGAAAAAGAAGCGAAAGGCUAAGGGCGCUAUAGAAGCGGUUAAGCUUGACGAUGCUGUCGUCAAGGAGUACGAAGAAAUCUUAGCCAGGAUUGACAAUUAUAAUGGCGCGGAACUUGGCGAGUUAAUUAAGAAGUAUGACUUGAAGAACCCGGCUACCAACGUACAACCGUCGCCGCCCGUUGCUUUCAACUUGAUGUUCCAGACUGCUAUCGGUCCUAGCAGCAAUCUACCCGGUUAUCUGAGGCCGGAAACUGCCCAGGGCCAAUUUUUGAACUUCUCCAAGUUACUUGAAUUCAACCAAGGUCAGAUGCCAUUCGCGUCGGCAUCCAUUGGUCGAUCCUACCGAAACGAAAUCUCCCCGCGAGCCGGCUUGCUUCGAGUACGUGAAUUCUUGAUGGCGGAAAUUGAGCACUUCGUGGACCCUCAGGGCGGAAAGAAGCACCCGCGGUUCCAGGAUGUUAAAGAUGUCGAGCUUGUACUUCUAAACCGUGAGACCCAGCUUGCUGGUCAGACCAAGGUCGAGAAAGUGUCAAUUGGCCAGGCGGUGGCCAAUGGUACUGUCGACAAUGAAACCCUGGGUUACUUCUUGGCCCGUAUUCACCUGUUCCUUAAGAAAAUUGGUGUCGACCAGUCCAAGAUCCGCUUCAGACAACACAUGGCAAAUGAAAUGGCUCAUUAUGCUGCUGACUGCUGGGACGCAGAGUUGUUGACUUCUUACGGUUGGGUUGAGUGUGUUGGUUGUGCGGACCGUAGUGCUUAUGACUUGAGUGUGCAUGCUAAGAAGACCGGAGCGCCUUUAAUUGUCCGUGAACAGCGCGCGGAGCCUCUAGUAGUUGAGGAGUGGGAGGUUGAACUGAACAGGAAGAAGUUCGGGCCGCAUUUCAAGAAGGAAGGCAGGAUUGUCGAGGCUGCUGUCGUAGCGACCACGCAAGAACAACGAGAGGCUUUGGCAAAGGACUUAAACGAGAAGGGUAGUAUCACCGUUGAAGUUGCCGGUGUCGCCAAUGGGAAGGUUGAGAUUCCAGCAGAACUUCUCGUCAUCGAACGUCGUACAAGAACUGAGCACGUUAGGGAGUAUACCCCUAACGUUAUAGAGCCUUCGUUCGGUAUCGGCAGAAUACUUUACGCUCUUAUGGAACACAAUUUCUGGACUCGAGCGAGUGAAGGUGGUGAUGAAGCUCGUGGUGUCCUCUCAUUCCCGCCUACAGUAGCCCCCACCAAGGUGCUCAUCGUCCCAUUAUCGAACAAUGAACAGUUCAGACCGCUAUGUUACAAGCUCUCCCAGAGACUCAGAAAAAUUGGUAUCUCUAACCGUAUCGAUGAUUCAUCUGCAACGAUCGGAAAGAGAUAUAGUCGUAACGAUGAGCUUGGUACGCCGCUUGGUAUCACGGUUGAUUUCCAAACCAUUCAAGACAGCACUAUCACGCUUCGAGACAGAGAUUCGACUAAGCAAGUUCGUGCGGAUGAGGACAAGAUCAUUGCUGCAAUCCAGUCUGUAGUGGACGGAAACAAGGAGUGGAAAGACAUACAGUCUGAAUUACCGCUUUUCGAGGGACAAGAGGUUGAGGUUGCUACUCGCUGAUCCUGGUGAACGGAUCGGAUACGUAGAAACGCCGAGACUCGCAAUGACGAAACGAGCGGGAGGCCUCAAUGAUUAUUAAAAGAAAGUGAAGGGGUCGGGUAGACGGGUUAGAGAUCUCAAAAGCUUAUUCCUGAUUUUCAUUCUCAGAUGUAGUUUCAGUUGUAGAUCGUGGUCA